GUACAUUUUUAUGAAUGGAUUAAUUAAAGUCAGUUCUUGAUUAGGUCCCGUAAAUCGUCCUUGCAAUUCGCACGCACGGCACACGGCACAAUACUUUUUUGAGGUUCCGUUUCGUGUCUUUCUUGAAACAACCCAGUUUCCUUCUCAGGCCGGCCUCAGAAGUGGUCCUAUUGCUCACUGCAGUCCGUGGACUUUCCGCAUAGUAAUUACUAGUACCUGCAGUGCAUGCUUCUGUUACCAUCAGGGAAUCGCAUCAAUAAUGCAUUGAAUAAGAGGCGAGACGUCCAUCAGGUAAUACAUACCCAGAUCCAUCUAUCUGGUACGUUUACCGUGCGGUAGCGAAGCUUGUGGAGGUCUCAUAAAAACUUUCGAGUUUCGUGUUCCAAACAAACAACCAACCAACCAACCAAACGAACAACAAACAAUGACAGCCCCAGUCAAGCCAACGACCACCACCAUCCAUAAAUCCGCCAUGGGCAAUCAGCGGUUUGAAGACCUUUUGCACCGUUCGAUCCAGCUUUUGUUUAGCUUUGCGAAUAUCGUGUUGAAAUGGAUGUUUGGUGUUUUGCUGCGCAAGCUGAUUGAUGCUAGUUUGACUUCCACUGCUGACACUGAUCCAGACAAUGACGCCCUAUUGGAACCGACCCGCCCCUUGUUGAACUUUGUCUUUUUGUUCAAUGUUCCCUUUGGGACUGUCAUUGUCAUUGGUCUUGUCACCAGCUUGAUUGUGGCCUUGACAUCUGCCUUGCUCACUUCCAUGGCGGUUCAUCGGGCAGCUCACAAGGGACAAUCCCUGCGAAAACAAAUCUUGCAACAGGCCGUGCACUCGGCAAGUUCCGCCGAUGGCAAUGACAUUCAUCACAUUGCCCAUGACUUGAUUGUCAAGGUUAACAUUAUCGAACGCUUUGUUGAAUUUGAUGAGCAUUGGAUCAUCGUCAAUAUUGCCUCCAUUGCCUUGGCCAUGAUCCUUUCCCUGACAUUUGCCUGGUACGGGGGAUUGGUUGCCUUGCUCUGCUUUGCCCUAUCCAUGCUGGUCUUGGUGGGGGUCGAACAUCUUCGAAAACCAUCGGUGCAAAUUCUCCAAGAAGGAUCCCAACAAGUCAAUGCCCGACUGUUGGAUGUCAUCAAGAAUGGUGUCAAGAUUCACAUUAUGAAGCAACUACCACACGAACAGCAGGCGCUCCAAAGUUUGGAACACGCUACCGAUGUGGCACGACAACGCAGUGCCCGACUCAAGUUAAUCCGAGAACUCGUACGGCAGUACCUUCUAACCAUUAUUCCCAUUCUCAUGAUCCUUGUCGCGUGGUGCCUCAUUCAAACCAUUCUAGAGGAGGAACACAACGCCGCACUGGCCAUUGACGUGGGAUCCUCCAUUUUGGUCGCCACGCUCAUGCUCGACGAAGCACACAAGUCAUUUAUGGAAUUGGCAAAAGUGCAAGACAAACAACUGGGUGCCGACCAAGCGCAGGAGGCUAUUGACCGUUUUCUAGUGGGAGGGGCAACCACCACCACCACCACACCUACCGGUCCGAGUGAUGACAAUACGAAGGAAGAAUCCAACAAGACACCCGGUGACAUUGAGAGCGGACACGAUCAGGUCACCUCGACGGGAAUGGAGGGUUCAACGAUGGAGGUGGAUGAUGUGGAUGGUUUUGACAUCAGGGAGGAAUCCGAAGAGGCCACGGCCAUUGAAUUGAACGAUAUCUCUCUGACUUACCCUGGCCGCGCCAUGCCCGUACUCGACCGAUACUCCCAAACCUUUGCACGAAACCAACUUCACGCCUUGGUGGGAGAAUCGGGAAGUGGCAAGAGUACGGCACUCAAAAUCAUUGCCGGGUUGCUACAGCCCACCUCCGGACGCAUCCACUAUUGGCGGGGCAUGCAAGUCGCUUAUGUCAGCCAAGAUCAAACCCUCUUUUGCCGAUCCAUUCGAGACAAUGUCACCUAUUGUGCUUCUGACGACGACGCUAGUAGUAUUAGCGACGACGAGAUUUGGGAGGCACUCGAACGAGCCAACAUUAAAGAUUGGAUUGCCUCCUUGCCCCAGCAACUGGAUACCGUAUUGAGUAACGGAGAAGGUGGCGUCAGUGGGGGACAAUUGCAACGACUUAACUUGGCACACUUGUUCUGUGUGUGUCAACAUGCCGACUUGGUCAUUCUCGAUGAAGUGCUCUCAGCGUUGGAUCAAACGUCGCGCGAGAAGCUGCUCGACGAACUUCACACCUUUUUGCAGGGAAAGACGGCCAUUAUCAUUACCCAUCAUUCCGAAAUGCUGCGCAUCUGCGAUCAAGUCCAUGAACUACGGCCGCCGUCCCAUGCUUCCCUCCCUGCACAAGUGUCGUAUGAUUCCUAGCUACGCUAGCCAGCUACUAGCAGGCCAUCACCCAGAAACGGACGCCCGGAACAUGUCGAACAAAAACGGACGACGAUCGUGUCGCCGUGGGUCGGACACUCCUUUUCAAGCACCCUCCUCCUCCAUUGACCUAGAAGACGCAACUCUAAAACCCUCUUUAUCCAACUAGCUAGACCAAACGUAACGUGAACCCUCUGCGUCUUCGU